CUCCUCCCCUGCUCCCAGCAGCCCCGCCGCCGCCGCAUCAUCAAUAUUUCACGGGCGUCAAUAAGAGGCGGUGGCGGGGAGGCGGCUGCAGCAGUGCUGGCACCAGCUCCGGCCACCGCUCCCCGCGACACUCAGCCUCCUGCCCUGCCCACACCAUGGACGUCUUCAAGAAAGGCUUCUCCAUCGCCAAAGAGGGCGUGGUGGGCGCCGUGGAGAAGACCAAGCAAGGGGUGACGGAGGCGGCCGAGAAGACCAAGGAGGGGGUCCUGUAUGUGGGAGCCAAGACCAAGGAGAAUGUGGUGCAGAGCGUGACCUCAGUGGCCGAGAAGACCAAGGAGCAGGCCAACGCUGUGAGUGAGGCCGUGGUCACCAGCAUCAACACAGUGGCCGUCAAGACAGUGGAGGAAGCGGAGAACAUCGCUAUCACCUCCGGCGUGGUGCAAAAGGAGGACCUAGAACAACCCGCAGCCCCCCAGGAGGACAAGGCAGCCAGAGUGCAAGAGGAAGUGGCUGAGGAGGCCAAGAGUGGAGGAGACUAAGGCACGCAAGUCAGCCGCGGAGGCCCCAGGGAGCAGCCCUCUGCCUCGGGCCACCCUCCCUCGGAGCGCACAGCCCUGGAGCGAGACCUGGGUGCCCUGAUCCUGCGCCCACACCCAGCGCCCCACAGGCCUGUCCGCCCAAGCUGCCUCUGAUGCCUUCCCCUCCACCCCCUCCCUCCCUCGAGGCCUCCGACCCCCGGCCCCUCUGACCCCACAGAUGCUGCUGUGAAUUCAAAUAAAUUCCAACUAGAACUCAAGCCCUAUGCGCCGGCCUCCCGGGCCUGGGCCCCCUCGGUGCGGCCGCACCCGGAUCAGGAGCUGGGCAGCCUGCAGGGCUCUGGGAAGCAGGCCUGGGGCCAGGUGCCCCGUAGGCAGACCCUGGGCAUUUCGGGAACCUCCUGAGAAAAGGCACCCUAGAGGCAACGGGGAGCCCACACAGUUGUGUUUUUACGUGGAGGGAGUGGCCCCCUGUGACUCCCGCAGACACCCGGUGCCGCGCCCCGAGCCCAUGGUAACCAGAGCCACUCCACUAGGCCCGUGGCAAGGCCUCUGAGCGCUCCUGGCGCACGCGUGACCCCAUGGCUCCUCCUGCGGGGCCCCAGCCAGCCUGGGCUGGGCUUCCUUGUCUGUCACCAGAAGUCGAAGUCGUGUCCAGGAUCAUUAGAAGAGAGGACCUCUGAGAUGCAGGAGUGCAAGCCUCCACCUUGAAAGUAGUAAAAAUGAGCCCCUCCCAGGUCUGAGCACUUCACCUAAUUUAAUGCUCAGGACAAACUCUUGGUAUGACCCCAAUUUCCCCAAGAAUGAACUGAGGAACGGAGGAACAGAGAGGUUAAAUAACUUGUUCGAGAGCACAGAGCGAGACAGCCUGGGCCUGGGCAGACGCCAAGGUUGCCUGCUUCCAGAGCUGCCCAGUUAACUCCCAUGCUCUGCUACAGCCCCCCUGACGGUGUGGACUGGUGUGCUUAUGGCAGAUGCCACCCCUGCCAGGGUUUCAAAACAACCUGGGGACCAGGCUGGCAGGUGCCCUAUAUGAAGCGCUAUGGGCAUCGUGCCCGGGGUCCUGUUCAGAGGCAGCCGAGGGGCUCCUUCCCCUUUGGCACCCAGAUGCUCUGGGCUCAUCUAGGCGACUUGCCCCAAGCCUCCAGCCAGAGCUGAGUCCACACCUGCAUUCAGCCACUAGGCCACUAGGGAGACCACCCCUUUGUCAUCCUGCCUCAGUGGUGGCAAGCAGGGGUCAAGGCCAGCCCUGGUGGCUGGAAGCCAGGCAAGCAGAGCUGAGCAGGGUUGUCUCCCAGGCUGCUGGCCACGGGCAUCCGCAGCUGAGGAGGCAGAAAGGAGCAGAGGGCUGCUGUCCUCCCAGGCCCCAAAUCCCACCAUGGGAGUAGUGAAGGGUCUGGAAGAGGUUCAGGGCAGUCGGGGUGGUUACUGCUCCUAAAUGAGCACACAAGCAGGCCCGUGCAUGCCCGGGAGCGUCCACCUGGGGCCUGGGUGUGCCUGAGAGUUCUUUGGACUGUAAGAAGAAGAGAGGAGGGGCAAGACCAAGAAGGUGACUGGCAGGGGGGGAGGGGGGAGACACCUAGACCCAGCCCCUGUGGACAGUGCACCACUAGGCUCCCAGGGCCAUCUGCCUCCGCUGAAGGAACCUAGAAGGGUGCCUGGUGCUUGACUUCUCCCCUGCACAUCUACUCAGGGCCCGUUCCUGGGCUCAAAUGCCAACCAUCUAGGUGUGCCCCGUCCUGGAAGCCUGUAACCCACCCUAUGGCACCUGCAGUGCUCUUAGCCUUUAAAACCCCGUGGGUGGGAUCCCUGGGUGGCACAGCGGUUUGGAGCCUGCCUUUGGCCCUGGGCGCAAUCCUGGAGACCUGGGAUCGAAUCCCACAUCGGGC